AUGACAGUGCGCAAAGAAGAGCGGAAGAUCAUGAGACACAGCAGCUCCUGGCCGGACCGGACACCGCAGACGGUGAAAGUGCGCGUCGACCCGUUGUCGCGUGCUUUUACGAUCAUACCGACGAUCCGCGAGGGCUUCCAUCCUCUCUUAGCUGCGGUGGAGCCCGGCUGGAUCGACGAGAUCGUGCUCCUCGAUCGGGGCCCCGCGGCCUCUGCCGAGUUCAAGCACCGGUUCCUCGACGGGGCCGAAGUCGGCGAGCCGGAUCGUCGCGGGAAAUUCGAGGAAACCUACGAGCUAGACGCUUUUGUACCUGAGAUUAUGAACAGCGGCUCGAAUAGGGAUCAAAGAAUUGCAGCUAGGUUGUCAGGUAGUUUCUUGUUUGAUCAAUCAGCGACAGAUCCUCUAAGAUCGACGCAAGACGCUGAAAAGUUGGAGGGAAUAAAAUCGAAUGAUUCGGUGAUAGAUGAAGAAUCUCGUUCCAGUUGGUUAGAGGAUAAAAACGAUCCUUCGGUGGGGAUUAAAAAUUCUUUGACGAAGGAAGACGGGUCAGACGAUUCGAAAGAGGACAUCAAGAGCAAUGAGGAUUCCUUGCCACUGGAAACUAUAGUCCAAAUACAGGCUACGUGCCAAGACUCGACAGAAGAGAACCCAGCUAACUCGGAUGAAGAUUCUGAAGCUGGGAAGAGUCCUAAUAGUCAGGAUCUAGAUUACGAUUACCCAGGAUCUUCUCGCGAAGCAUCGCAGAGACCCCGUCACGUGUGUCCCAAGUGCACUUCAGUGGGUCUGCUGAAACGUUUCGACCCUUUCGGCUCGUCGAACGAUAAUAGUAACCUGGUCAGGGAGGGCCGGUGUCAGGUAGCCGGUUCCGGUAAAGCGGAAACGUUACGUAAAUAUUCCACGGUGGAGAAGAAAAUGAGAAACAGCUGGCAGAGAAUAGGAGCGACCGGUCUAAUUGGAGCGACCAGGAAUAGGAAUAAGGAGAAGGCGAACUGCGGCGAGGGGAGGAACGGCGAGCCACUCUGUCGAUCGACGAACGAUGUCCGGAAAGAGGCUACCCUGAGGAGGCAUUACUAUCCAGAGGGUGGAUGGGGAUACGUGAUCGUGACUUGCUCCGCGCUCGUUCAUUUCCUCGGGAUCGGUUUGCAGCUCGCGGCGCCGGGUAGCUGGCACCUCACCGCCGAACUCAAGUUUCAUCAGCCUCCUCUUCACAGCGCAGGUAAGGCUCGGUCUAGGCACUUGCCUUAUAAUUAG